CCCACAAACCCUAAUUGGGGCCACAAUGGUACAGCUCCUCACAUUAAAUUCUUCACAGCUAUUUCUCUCUCUGUACUGCUCUCACUCAUAUUGAUCGUAUCAUCUCCAUUUUCAUUUCUCGCCAUUUUUUAUUUUUAUUAUGUAAUCUCCAGGACUGCUGCUGCUGCUGCUGUUGUGGGUGUUGCUUAGAGAGAGAUGGGUCAUCACUCUUGCUGCAACAAACAGAAAGUUAAGAGAGGACUGUGGUCACCAGAAGAAGAUGAGAAACUCAUCAAUUACAUUUCAACCUAUGGCCAUGGUUGCUGGAGCUCAGUUCCUAAGCUUGCUGGCUUGCAGAGAUGUGGAAAGAGCUGCAGAUUAAGAUGGAUUAAUUAUCUGCGACCUGACCUAAAACGUGGAAGCUUCUCUCCUCAAGAAGCAGCUCUCAUCGUUGAACUCCAUAGUAUUUUAGGCAACAGAUGGGCACAGAUAGCUAAGCAUCUACCAGGAAGAACAGAUAAUGAAGUGAAGAACUUCUGGAAUUCAAGCAUAAAGAAGAAGCUCAUCUCUCAUGAUGUUCAUUCUUUAGCUAGCUUCACUGAUGUUCACAACCCUAAUGUCUCUGAGGAAGCUUUCUUCUCUCUCACUGGAAACCCUAAUCUCAUCCUCACUGCUCAACAAGACCAGCUCUACCUUCCUUCACCAGCUUCAAUGCUACAAAGUUUUGGUCAAGGAGAUUUCAAAUUCAACCAGCCCAAUAAUUACAAUCUUGAUUUUGCUCAUUUCGCUCCCCCAACAAUCCCACCAGCUCAACUAAACAAUAGUUCAUCUUCCUUUGAUCCAGUGUGGACACUGCCUUAUCCACCUCAACACAUUGGUACAAAUCAUCAAGAAGAUCAGAUUUUGAGCAAUGGAGCAGGUCCACAUUACAUUGGAAGUAAAGCUAAUCAAGAUGAAACUCUUGCAAUACUGCCUAAUUAUGAGAAUCAAACUAUGGUUCCUAUGAUGCCAAAGCUGUGUGAUAUCAUUGAAAGCAGUGCUUGCUGCAAUAUCCCAUCAUCAUCAUCAUCAUCAUCUACCUUGCAAGAAGUACUAAUUGACCCAGUUUCUAGACUUCCAUGUUUCCCUGCAGGGUCUUAUCCACAUGAACCGCACGUGCCUGCAAAUAUUCAAAUGGAGUACAUUGAUGCAAUCAUGUCAUCACUGCCAUCAUCUUCAUCAUCAUCAUCACUAUCAGCAUUUUCAAGCAGUCAAUUUGGCGCAAACCCUAAUAAUAAUAACAACAAUAACAAUAAUAAUAAGCUUCCUUCAAGCUGCAGCUGGGAUGCCUAGAGAGUAGCUGGAAAUGGGUGUCUAGUGGGGUUAUAGGUUUUGUGUAUGGAUUCAUUUUGAUACAGUGCAUUCAUAUCCUGAAAUAUGCAUAAGAUGGUGAGUGCAUCUCUUAUGGGAAAACCUAAAUGUUACUAGUUCAGGCUCUUCAGUGAGUAAUGCUUGCUGAGGUUUCAUAAAUAUAUGUGUAGGCUCUUUUGACAUGUUCCUCACCUAAUAUAUUUGCAUGCCAGCUACAUUUGCAUAUCUUAUCUAUCCAUCCCUUAAUUCUCAAGUCAUGCAC